AUGUCAGACGCGUCGAGAUUAAAGAACACAAUCUAUGUCGGCGGGCUCGAUCAAGCUGUGACGGCGCAAACGCUUGCAGAAGCUUUUAUUCCCUUUGGUGAAAUUGCCGACAUCACUUUACCAAAGCCCGAGCUCCCUUCAUCUACUGAUCUCCAUCGUGGUUUUGGAUAUGUGGAGUUCGAAAUGGCCCAAGAUGCGAAGGAGGCGAUCGAUAAUAUGGAUCAAAGCGAGCUUUAUGGACGGAUCAUUAAGGUAGCGGCUGCGAAGCCACAGAAGGAUAGCAACGAAGGACUUGGAAGCAAGACUGCUAUCUGGGAACAGGAAGGUUACCUUGCAAAACAUGCUGUUAGCGAGGAGGAUAGACAAGAUGCUGGACAAGCGGGAUCGACUGCUAAUAGCCGUCCGGAUCCAAUGCAAGGUUUAGAAGGCCUAGACGUCGCUGGGCCCAACCCAGCAUAA